CUUUACGGGAAAAAGCUGCUCCGGAACUGCCUUGCUUUAGGCUUUUUCAUGGUUAUCAAUCUGUACAAAGAAUCACCAAACUGAUAAAGCAGGAACCAAAAGGGCAAGUCACGCUGCCAAGACAACUGUCAUUCGCUCGAAAAAGAAACGUGAGCCUCCCCCCAGCAGACUGGGUAAACCGGCAAAGGAUUUUACGACGUAGUUGGAGAUUGGAGAGUUACAGAAACUUUUACGGUUUUUUUUGUUGUUGUUGCUGUUGUUUUUUUUUACAAGUUUUAAAGGAGUGAUUGAGUGUCAAAAGAAAAGCAGAGAAAAAUACAGGCACAAUUUAAAGAUAGCAGGAAGAAGUGUUCCCAGAGUAUUUUUCUCUUUAGGGUGAGGUUUGAAAGCAUCAUGCCCAGAUUAUCAGUGGAUUUUUGAAAGAAGACAAUGUAUGUAAAACUAUGCAAGAAUCACAGGAAACGGAAACCCACAUAUCCAACCACCUAGAUGAAGUUGUUGCUGCUGUUAGCAUCACUCAUAGAAAGAAGUUCCAAAACAAGCUGCCUCAGACAGCACUAUUCCAGCCUCCUCGAGAGAAACUCCAUCUCUGUGAAGAGAAAGCAAAGUCUUAUUCCAACAGUCACAAAUACAAACAGGCCGUCCACGAGCUUGUGCGUUGCGUAGCACUGACAAGAAUUUGCUAUGGAGACUCACAUUGGAAACUAGCAGAGGCACAUGUUAAUCUGGCUCAAGGCUAUCUCCAGCUGAAAGGACUGUCGCUGCAAGCGAAACAACAUGCAGAAAAAGCCAAACAAAUCCUCGCCAACUCCAUUGUGCCUCCCUAUAACGAGAAUACAGAUGUUUUCAAGUUUUCCAUUGAGCUUUUCCAUACCAUGGGCAGAGCUUUACUCUCCCUUCAAAAAUUUAAGGAAGCUUCAGAGAAUUUGACAAAAGCAGAGAGACUUUCAAAGGAGCUGCUACAGUGUGGAAGGAUUAUAAAGGAAGAAUGGAUAGAAAUUGAAGCACGGAUCAGAUUAUCAUUUGCACAGGUGUGUCAAGGUCAGAAGAAAUCCAAAGAAGCUUUGUCCCACUAUCAAGCAGCUUUGGAAUAUGUUGAGAUCAGUAAAGGUGAAAAAAGUCAUGACUGUGUACCCAUAUUGAGAGAAUUAGCAGGUGUAGAGCAAGCCCUGGGACUCCACGAUGUAUCCAUCAACCACUUCCUCCAGGCACAUCUCAUCAUCCUGAGUAGAAGCCCCUCUCAAGUGGAGGCAGCAGACUCCGCACACAUCGUCGCCCACGCUGCUGUCACUUCAGGGAGACACGAGCACCAUGAUGUAGCUGAGCAGUAUUUUCAAGAGAGCAUGACUCAUCUUAAGGAUUCUGAAGGGAUGGGAAGAGCCAAAUUUCUUUCAAUUCAAGAUGAAUUUUGCCAUUUUCUACAAAUGACUGGACAAAAAGAGAGAGCAAUCUCGAUCCUGAGAGAGUCCCUGGAAGCCAAAGUGGGAGUAUUUGGCGAUUUCAGUCCCGAGGUGGCAGAGACAUACCGGCUCCUGGGAGGAGCAGACCUGGUGCAGGGGAACCACAGUGAGGCCCACAAGAAACUGAAGAAGUGUCUCCAGAUCCAGACCCUCUUAUAUGGACCACAGGACAAAAGGACUCUGGCCACCCAGCAGGCCAUGGGCAUCCUCUCCACGGCCCCGAAGGUUGCUGCGAAGCCAAGGCAGGCGUCGAAAGCCAAAGUGGCCUUCUGCACCAGCAUCCCUCAGGACACCAUGCUGGCGAAGGCCCGGCCUGGCACAACAGCAGACUGACGCCCCCACCCUGAAAAACCCUAGAACAUUCCUGGGCACUGUCAUUUAGGGUGCUGUAUAAAUCUGUCUCCACCUAGAAAAUGGAAUUCAACAGUCAGGAUACAGAUUUCCAAAGCCAACUGUUGGCCCCAACAUGCAACAGUGAGACCGUAAGCCUCCCGUUGGCCACAUUUUGACAGUGGAUGCCCUUCAGGGUGAUAUAUGCUAUAAAGCAGUUUUCUUUCUAUCACUUAAGUAGUUUUUCUUGCCAACAAGAAUAUUUACCCAUCAGCACUACUGUGGCUGAAAAACUUCUCUUCGAAAGUUUGGUGCACCCUGUGCAGGAGUCAGCCUGACAUCUGCUUGUACACACAGCUCCUUGCAUAGGUCUGGAAUCAGAUCUGGAACAGUGAAAUUCAAGAAGGAAGCCCUUUCUUAUAGGAGGCUAAUAGGGAUUGAGAAUAACAUGGGAAGAAAACGCUAAUAAAGGGAACCUGAACGCGCUGGUGUCAGCAUGUGUCUUCAAAGUGCAGCCUGCCUCAGAGUUCCUCGAAGCCUGAAAAGGGGUUUGGGAAAGAGCCCAGUAGGAGGGGCAGGAGGCCCACACACCUGACUUGGCCUGGGGCUCAGGGGGGAAGGUAUAAGGGAGUGAAAAGAAAGGCUAGCAGGAGGCUGCCAGGGGAGGACCGCAGACUCCCUGCUGCUUCGCAUCCCUCCUGUGGCCUCCACUGCAGGCAGGACAAACCUGGACACCACCUGGAGCUGCUUCCUGAGUUGGCACACUAUCGUGUACACAGCAGUCUUCAGCCUCCUGGAAGGAGGCCAUAGUCGUGUGAGGAUGGCAAAGUCGAACAGGAAGCUUUGAGCGCCUUUCUCCACGAUGUCAACGAGAUCCAGUGCCAGAUCGAGGUGGACAGAACACGCAGGGGUAAGGGUGCAGGUUUAGGCAGUGCGGUCCCUUCCCCUCCCUCCCCUGUGGCCAUGAGGCUGCAGGCCAGUGCUAAGAUGACAGGAGACUACAGCACAGGGCCCUCCCCUCCAGCCCCCAGUGGGACAUCCAAACCACCAUGGGGUCAUUUGUGCAGGGCACCACCUCCAGUAUUGAUGGGGAAAAGAAACUCAAUAGAGCCAUGACAGGGUGGAGAGAAGCAGGGUCCACUGUCUUCCUCAGGAGCGUGACAGCUGACCCUGCAGACCAUGCUUGCUGGUACACACUGGUCCCACACUCAGGCCUGUCGGAUAUCAGCAGUGUGCUAAAAAGGUGUUAAGAUGUGGUCACUACUCACCGUGUCUCCUAUCUAGUUGACAUGGGUGGAGUCUGCUAAGGGGUGAAUGUUCAUAUGCUCCCAAUUCACAUUGAAGCCCUAAUCCCCAAAGGGAUGGUACUAGAGGGUAGGGCCUUGGAGAGGUGAUUAGGUUAUGAGGGUGGAGCCCUGAUAAAUGGGAUUAGUGCUUUAUUAAGAAGAGACACCAGAGAGAUGAUCUCUCUUUCCACCAUGUGAGGACACACUGAGAAGGCAGCCAUCUGCAGGCCAGGAAGAGAGCCCUCACCAGGAAGUGAAUCUGUUGGCACCUUGAGACUUCCCAGCUUCCAGAACUGUAAGAAAUAAAUGUUUGUUGUUUAAGCCUUUCAGGCUAUGGCUUUCUGUUACAGCAGCCUGAACUGAGAGUCCAUGCUGAGUUUUUUAAAUAAAUGUGAAUUAUGAUGUUA